UUGAAAAUUAGGUACGUGAAAAGUAUAAUGGUAUAAUAAGUAACAUAUCGUCUGGAACGAUCGCGGUCGAUUGGAUGGAAGAUAUUCAGUAAAACAUUUGACCAACUACCUAUAUAUCCAUAUAUAGCUGCAGGACUCGUUAUCGGCAGCUGCAAGAAAAUUAAAAAAGGAAGUUGUAAUCCAACAUUACCGUACAAAAAAUAGAACUAAUACCUUGUUGAUGAACAAAUUACUAAUACAAAUCCAAACGCCGAAGAAAUGAAGCAUUUUAUCAGCUGUCUGUUGCUUUGUGGCUAUUAUACUUUGGGCUCCGUUUGUGAAAACAUUACAGUUAAUAUCAACGGUCCAGAUCAAAUAGUUAUUGGUCAAAAUGUAAGUCUUAACUGCACCGUGAACAUAGAUGUUGACGUCAAAUUUGAUUGGAAAGUGCCCAACGAACAGCAACUUCAAAAUGGACGGGUUGUCGAGAACCAUUUCGUCAAAAAUUUGGAAAAUCUAACUGUUAGUGUGAUAAUUAUUCAAAAUGUUACUGCGGCAGAUGAAGGCGAAUACAUAUGCAAUGUAACGUUGACGGAUUCUGUACACAAAAAUUACACGUUAAAAAUAUUUGAUAAACCAGACUACAUGCAUAACCCAUAUAUGUUUAUAUUUAUUUGUUGCGCAAUGUUGAUCACAGCAUUCUACACGAUGUCGUUUUUUAACUUAAAACGGAUAUUGUAUAUGUGUAUUACCCAGUUCAGGAUCGACUCAGAAAGAAAUUCGAGAAUCGAAGAACAACUGGAUCUACUUCCCGAUGUGAAAAUUUUUGAAUUUUCUAAACUGCAACUGAAACUCGGUAAAGAACUAGGUCUAGGAAAAUUCGGUGUUGUUUGCAAAGCUGAGGCUAUCGGUAUGAUUAACAAUGUGACCACUACCACUGUUUGUGUGAAAAUGGCAAAAUCGAAUACUGAUCAAAAACAUAUAAAUGCUAUACGCUCUGAAUUGGAUAUUAUGAUUCAUAUUGGAAUGCACUUGAAUAUAGUCAACUUACUCGGAGCAUAUACGGGAAGCAUAAACAAAAAAUUGAUGAUGAUCACUGAGUAUUGUUGUUUCGGAAACAUCCAUUACUAUUUAUCAAGUCAAAGAAGCAGUUUUAUUAGCCAAAUUAAUCCUAAUGGAGAUCUAGAUUUUAAUAUUCAUACAUCAUCAAGAAAUCCUUAUAGCUCAAAUAAUGCUGAAAACAAACAUUUCAUUGAAAAACACGACGAAGAUAGUAUACAAAUUUUUGAUGAAAAUGAAUACUUGAUGCCCGGCGAAACAAAAUGGUAUCUGAAUUACCGUGGGGAUUUCGAGGAGUGUAAUUAUAAACCAUCGUGCACCUAUGACUUGGUGUGCUGGUCGUAUCAAAUAGCACAAGGAUUAGAAUAUAUUGCUAGCAAAAGAGUAUUUAAUUUGAAUUUAACAACAAAAAAUAUUCUACUAACCGAGGGGAAUAUCGUAAAAAUAUGUGAUUUCGAAUUUUUGAAAAUGAACAGUCACGAUGAAAAUUACCAAAUCUUGUCAACCAGUGAUUUGCCCAAAAAAUGGUUGGCGAUCGAAUCACUUCGCGAUAGAGUUUACCUAACUCAGUCACACAUUUGGACAUAUGGAAUCGUUUUGUGGGAAAUAUUCUCAUUGGGUGCUACUCCUUAUCCAAAUAUAAGGGUAAAAGAUUUAUUAAAUGCAUUGGUCAAAGGUUACCGAAUGGAGCAACCUCUAUUUGCCAACAAACGAAUAUUUCAAAUAAUGUUUAAAUGUUGGGAAACCGAUCCAUCGAAGAGACCAUCAUUUAAAAAUAUAACUCAUAGCCUGGAAAGUUUACUGAAACAUAUCACAAUAUCAUACCUGAGACAUUUAAACGAUACUUAUAUGAAACUGAAUAACGAAAACACACCUUCAAAAGAUUAUUCCAUUCUUAUACCAGUUACAUCGAAAUUUUAGUAAUUGAAACCCAUUACAAAAUACAGUGAAAAUCCUACUGAUAGUUUAUCAUACAAAAUUUGUAUGAAAUGUAUUAAUUAUUAUUGGAAUACUCGUAAAUAUGGGUUUAAACCCUCUCGAGAUAUAAUAUACU